AAUUUAGUCGACUGCUUAUGAGUUCAAUAACGGCGUAAGUUUGAGUUGAGAUUUUGUAAUUAAGGGUUUACCACGUGGCUUACCCGAAGGUGAUCGUUUCCAUAUUCGUCUGUUGUAUGUCUUCCAUUUGUGCACUUACUUUACCUCUAUCGGACGGAAUGGGACAUCGAUGUUUAGGUCUGAGCCACCACCAUUAUGCCACUAUGUCCCCCAGUUACAUUCAUCGCAACCACAAAUAUACCAUGCAGCCGCAGCAGCGUCGGGCCUCAGCAGGGCCACUGGGCCAACCGGGGGAUCGCAGCAGUUCUAUGGGGGAGACAACGGUCUCCUCCACCAGCCGGGAGAGUGUUUUGUCGCCAGCGGACAUUCGCACCAGGCGCUCUUCGGCAAUCCAAACUCAGUCGGGAGCCAGCAGCUCUCAAUCCCACAAUGCCACACUAGUCCGUUAUAACAAUACGAGUACCUAUUCGAUGUCUAAGUCGGUCAGUACCGGAACCGACCUGUCGGACGAUAUUGCCGAUAACAUUAUCUACUCGGACAUUAAUGAUCUCUAUCAUCGCAAGCAACGCACCGUCCAGAUUUCGGCCGGUAGUGGGGCUCUCGUGAAUGGGAACGUUAGUGCUCCGGAAGACGAUGAAGAAAUAAUGGAUGAGGUCAUUGAUGAGAAUGCCAUCCGUCAAACGUACGUAGAUGAUGAAGAAGAUGAAGAUGAAAUUGACAUCCGAUACGCUACGGCCACUCAAAUCCGAGCCAUGGCAACGGGUGGAGGAAGCAUUCAGGCCACAUCCAACAUUUCGACUACCAAUGUUAAAAGCAAUACCGUCGUCAGUGACGAUCUCUAUGCUACGGUUAAUCGAAAAAGCAAAGCAAAUAAGCAACAGCAACAAUAUCUGCAGCAGCAACAACAAUCACAACCAAUACAAACUACCACUACACAUCUAACCGGUAAACACUUUAGUGACGAGUUUAUAGACGAUAGUAUUAGGAACUAUAAUAGUCAUACUAAUAUAAAUACCAAUGUAAACGCCUCCAGUUCCGGCCAUAUUAACAUGGCCAAUGGCGAACUGUACCCAAGAUCUUCAGCCCAUUUCGACGAAUACUACGGCGGUAAUCGGUACUCCGACACAUCGGAUUACUUCAGCCACAGCCAACCGCACUACUCUCACUCGCCAAAUUCGCAUUCGCUAGCCACGACAAUUACGCACAAAAACGGACUUACAGACGAUGACGAACGCUACUCCACAUCCCAUCCCCCACCGAUCCAUCCACGAACCUCUCAGUCUCUUCCCAGAAACUCUGAACUCUCCAAAAUUGACUCUCUUGACUCGUCGUACAGUGGCGGUGGAACUGAUCAUCACUUCAUGGGCCACCACUCACUUAACAAUCUUCCAAAUUCCUCCAAAGUCACCAGCGACUAUCUCCAUUAUUCCUCCCUUCUUCAAAAAUCUGAUGAUGGCAUGAACAGUAAAAAGACUUCCUCCGAACGGCUAGAGUAUGAAUUAUCCAAUGCCAACCUAUACUCCACCGUUCAAUACAAAACCGACUACGAGGACCAAGAUGAUUACGACGACGGCUACAUUGGCAGUGGCUAUCCAAACACAGUAAAUGGCGUUGGCAGAGACGACUGGCAGCGAAGUUCUUCGUGCAAAGAGCUGUACGACUAUAAUUACGAUGACGGAAGACCCGACUUUACCCUACUAGAACGGGAAUUCCUCACGUCUGAUAGAAUAGACAGUCCGGUCACGCGGUAUGACGACUCACGGCACUCGAUGUACGUUCAGAAAAAUCACUCCAUGGAUGUCAGUCAGGAAUUUCUGGCCACCGAAGGAAAGGUUUACUCCUCCAGUUAUCCUGGCACGACCUACAAUACAAUCGAUCACAACAGCUACAAACGUCACCAGGGACAGUAUUAUUCGAACUUUGAGUACGGUUCCCAAGAUGACAUAUCUCACGAUAGCUACGAGCUGUUGGAAAAAUCCGAUGAUGAUAUUUACUUCAAAGUGAAAGCACAAUCGGAAGCGAACACACGAUCGUGUUCGCUAGACUCUGGAAAUUACAUUCCAACAGAUGAUGAGAGUUAUUCCGAACACCAUUCUCAUCAUGUUUCCCGAUACACAAAGUACAGGAACAGCCUGGAAAUCAAAUCUAAGAGCACCGCAGAUAUUGACGACAUUGAUGAUAUUUUCCUAAUGGAAGAUCCCAGAGACCUCCCGAAAGAGAAGCUCUGCGUUAAAUCUGAUGGAAAUUUCUAUAAACAGAUCAAGAAAUCAAUGGGUUCAAGAACUUCCAGUCCGGAGUCGCGUAGCGAGUGUUAUGAUCCCAAACUAUCCAAAAGCAGCGACUCUAGUAAAAAAUCUAAAGACAGUGUCUACCACACUGAUAGCAACAAAAAGUCUCGCGAAACAUUAAAGAGUAAAUCCGGAUCCGGAUUCAACUCACGCACUUCCAGCCAGGAUUCCAGGGACUCGUUCGGAAUGGAUAUCCUGCUAACUAAAAACUACGAAAUGCCAACAACGACUAGUAAGAAAGCUAAAUAUCUUAGUAAGAGAUUCGACAGCAGUUCUCGGAAUUCCAGUCAGGAUUCAAAGAGCGAUUACUACGAUGCCAACGAACAACCAAUCGAACUGGAAGACCUAGAAUCGGACGAAAUUUAUUCCCGUGCAAAGGUUCAUUCACAUGAGCACAUUCCCAGCGAUAUGGGAAUCCCUGCCAAAGGUGCAACGGCGACCGGAUUCUACGAUAAUCAAAUCUACUCGUCGACGUUUCCCAGCGCUCAAUCGAAACCUCCGGUCAAAUCGACGUCCCACGUAACAUCCAUCUCUCUACAGAAUGUCGAGCUGGAUCGCAACGCGCGUAGCUACUCCGCCUACAAAUCACCCGAACCGGUACUGCCUCAAGCGAUGCCAAAACCAAUUGAGAAGCAACCUCCGAAGGCGACACACAUCUGGCCUGAAGAGAUCGAAGGCCUACCAACUACUAUCAAUCAAAGCAGCACUGAUAUUCAGCGGAACGACCGUACCCGAGCGUUCCGCAAAAAGUCCGACAGUGAGAACAUUUUUAGCUUUGACAAAGAGAAAAUAGAAUCACUGACUAGUAGUAUGAACGACGAAACACCCACCACGGCAAUUUUGGUGGAAGCGAAGGCGAAAACAAGCCCGGAUUAUCCACUCACCCCCGAACUGCUAUCAGAGUUUGACAAGCAAAAAAUUGAAUCACCACAUGCUCUUCCGAAGCAAACCCGCAAGGAAGAAUUGAUGGCUAAGACACACUUUGAAGAGUACAAUCCCAAACUGAUAAUGGAUACUCCGAUCCCUGGCGUACUCACCUACACUCAUGCCACCGUCGAAAGAACUAAAUCUGAUCCUAAUUCUCUAGCCAACCGUCCUCGUUUAGGACCAAAUUCGCGGCGACACACUCUCAUGCAUCAAAAGUCUAUUGAUCUAACUCCAGCUGACUCCAGUGAAGAAGAAUAUCUCUACAAACAGAUCCCCAGUGCGCCUCCCUUAUGCAAAACCCACGGUAGUCAUUUUGAACUACCACAGACGUAUGAUAUGAACAUCCCCACCGUUGAGCUUCCCCUGAAUGGUUUCGAGGUUCCCAAAAGCUUCUUCAAAGAGUACGACCGAAGGACGCACAAAGUACUGAAAGAUGACAUCCCGUACGUCCUACACAAAAGACACGUCAUGAACGGAACAGCUCCAUCACCACUACAAGACAAGCAGCACCGCUAUCCAAAGCCAAAGAGUCCCAAGUCACCCAAAAGUCCCAAAUCUCCGAAGUCGCCGAAAUCGCCUAAAAUAGAAAUCCGUGAUGUAGCGACCCAGAAGGAAAAUACGCUUCGGGUCCAAGACGAUUACGAAAUGGAACCGGAAGAAAGCGGUCAAGGUUUCCUUUUCACACAGAACAUCGACCUCUCUAAAGUUGAUCCCGUCACACUCGAAGUAGACAAGUCCUCACAAACGAUCCAACUUACCAGUCCGAAACGUGACAUUACCAAGAAAAUGGAUCCGCUUCAGUUAGAGCAACUCAACAAUAAACUAAGUCAGAUUGAAAGCGAUUCGGCAACGAGUUCCCGUACGGACAGCAAUCAACAUAAGAAAUUUGAGCCGAAACCGGUCGAGCUUCCUUACAUUCUCGAAAAGAAAAACAUCGAGCUAACUGUUCCCAAGCGAGUUGCAAAACCGCGAAUGGCCCCAGUGAAGACAAAACCCGGAAAGGGUAAGAAAAAUGCCAAAACUCGAAUCACGUCCUUUUCGUCCGACGACGAAAGCCUGGAUUCGGACGAUGUAUUCGGUUCGGCAGAGGCUAUGCCUACCAAGCUAGAGUUCUCUCCGCCGCAAUCGAGAAAGGAGAUCGAACCCAUCCUGAAGCAUGAGUCUAGUAAGAUGGCAUCCAACGCUUGGGCACGCGGUCAGACCAUGAGCUCAACAGAGAUUGAGGGUUCCCCACCGCAAUGUAGGAAACUGGCAGAACUUGAAAGUCGCUACAAUACGGGAUCAAACCUAAAUGCCCACCAAAUGACCAGUACCGAACUCAGACGGAUCUCCGAACGCUCGUUCUCAAUUCCCAGUUCUGAAGAUGAAGCAAAGAAGGAGGAAUCUACUAAAGCUUACCAUAUGACGGAGAAGAUCCCGUCGCCGAUUAUCGAAACCAACGAAGUACAUCGCACAGACGAUGAAGUGUAUGAGACAGCUCGUGAAGACAACAUGGGGCUCACGAAAACCCUGAAAAAAGAUGUGGGUAAAAAGUUCAAAGAAGAUCUGCAAGCUUUAACAGCAUUGAAGUCAGAGUCCAAACUGUCUCCUUCUCGAACGAAAUUGAUCGAAGAGAUGAUUGAUUCAUCGAUAGUGAUGCGAUCGAAGGGACAUGCUCCGAUCUUGUUUGCCCACGCUCGUCUGAAUCUCAGUGAAGGGUCAGCUUUCGCCUCGCUUCAAAGACAAAGGGCAACCCAAGAUUCACCGACUUCGGGCCGUCGUGCUAAGAGCUUGGAUGCUCCAGUUAUAUCAUUGCACAAGCUUCCACCCAUGAACGCAUUUUCAUCAAAAGAUGACACCGUGGGCUACGACGAGGAAGCAGAAGUUUUGGAAGUGAAACCACUGCAGAAGAAAGAGCAAGUUAUUGAAGAAGAACAAGACGAAUCGGUGCACUCGUGUGCCGAUGCCAUCGUGGUGACCGAUAAAAAAGCAUCACGACAAACGUCCACCAUCGACGAAGAGAUCAAGAUGGUGCACAUAGAUGAAGAUGAACUGGAGCUGCUGGAUAGACUGAAGUAUAUCGAAAAAAUUGAACUGCAGGGUGUCAAAAUAAAGGAAAAGCGAAAGACGAAAACGAAACUGAAAAGUGGCGAUCAGUUGAUUCUUGAAAUACCUCGAUACAAGUUUGAGCCUUUCAGCUCCGGAAAUAGCUCACUCAAAACGUCGCCAGCCAUUAGUCGUGCAAGCAGCGUCGAGAGCACUGGUAAAGCUCGACAGAAAACUGACAGUGGAACGCAGACUCCCACUGGAGGUCAGACGGCUGUGAAGCAGAAGUGCAAAUCAACUAGUCCGAAGGGAUCGGAAAAGAUUCCCCAACCAAAACGACGAGCUUCGGAUGAAGUGAAGAAGAUAUCGCCGAACGACAUUCUUCGUACCAAGAGUCAAGAAACAUUGGGGAAGAAAUCAAAUGGUAAAGAGAAAUCGAAAUCAUUGGAGAAGAUGGAGUUGAAGAGACUAGGAAGCAAAGAGAAGAAGUCGGUUGAGGAAAGUGAGAUUGAACGUGCUCGACGCAAGGAACGACAACAGAAACUAUAUGAGUCCGCUAUGAAGCAGACGAUCAACCUCUUGAGCCCAGUGAAAGACCAGUUGCCACAAUUCCCAGCCCCUGAGGAUAAAAUAUCUGUUAAAACUGAAGGUGAUAAGAUCAUCAUCGAUGCAGAAGUGAAGUCUAAACCAGAAGACCUUGUGUUCAUUGCGAAAGCCCCCCGUAAGCUAGAUUGUUCUUUGGCAAAGAUUAGUCGAAGUUUUGAGGAUCAGAAGAGCGUAGAAAAACUGGAUAAGGCCAGUCGUAGCUUUGAUGACCGUGGCAAGUCGUUUGAUGAUCACUCGGAUCGUUCGGAGUAUGGAAACGCAGAUGACAGCAGUAGUAUAGUUUUGAAAUCCCCAACAAAGCUAUCGAAGAGUCAAGAAUUGAAGCAGAAAAUCGAGGGUUCAGUUGUGCAUAAGAAGAUCGAAGGUAAGUCUAAAAGUUUGGAGAAGAAAACGGAACCGCAGUACUUGGAUAUUGAAUACAAGACAAGAAGUCUUGAUCAGAAUUACAUCGACAACUACGUUGAUACGACUUCACCGGAUUCCGAAGGCCAUACUCAUGUGAGGAAACAAGAGGUAGUCAAGGUUGACGUACAUCGUUCCAAGGCUGAGUCGGAGCCGGAGAAGAAAAGAGGAAGGAAAUCAACAGACAGCGAUAGUAAAUCGGAAGACCGUUCACGUUUCGAUAAAGGUAAGAGCCUUGAUGCUAAUCUAGGUAACGGGAAAGAUAAGGCUCCAGCAAUAGAGCGCCGUUCUCAGUCACAGCCGGAUGAAUUCAUCGGUGAACUAGACAUGCAAGACAUUAUUUCAGAGCGACGAACUUUGGAUCUUAUGAAGAGGCGUUCGGAGGAAAGGACUUUUGAUUCAACUAGCACUUUAGCGGAUAAUGAAGAUCAAAAACCAUGCAAGGCGGGAAGUGAAGAAUCACUAACCGAAGUGAGUGAAAUGAAAGAUCUGAAGGAUUCCUAUUUGCCUUGUCGCGUCCCUACGAUUGAAUAUGAAGAACCUUCGAUUGAGGAGGAACUAGAAUCUGAGCAAGAAGUUGAACAAAUCCCCGAUAAGAAAGCGAUCAUGGGAAAGCUAAACUUAGAGAGAAGUCGAAGUGAUGAGACCACGUCUUGGGUUACCAUCGCUAGUGAAGAAUACACGGGAACUGAUGGAACAGGUCAGCAGGAAAUCGAAGAUUUGACAAGUGGUCGAAGGAUUGAAAGUCAAGCUACCUUCGAAGAUAUUAAAGAUAUUACUAUGCCGGAAUCAGAAGUUUCAACUUCGGAUAUUACCAUUAUAUACACUAAGAAAGCAGUCCCUGAGAAAACCUUUGAUCGACCGUUGCCUCAAAUUCCGGAAAAGAAGAAAAAGGAUAAGUCCCCUCCUAAAGAAGAAUCAAAGCUCGUUACCGAUGAAUCGGAAGGAAAACAGGCGUCUGAGCGAAGGGGUGACUUCUUGCGACUUUCGAUAGAACGUUCCCGUAGUUCGGACACAGGGUCCAGUCGUGAAAAUGAUAAUAGUCCGGUUCGUCAAGAUUCUAGCACUCCGCGCGGUAAAGGCUCUCUUGAUGAAGAAUCCAGCCUUAGCUGUUCCAUUGCUCGACCUCUAGGAAUAUCGCAAGACAUGGAUUCCACAGACCAUAUCAAAUGUCAUGAAUUGAGGGAAGCUAUGUUGAGGAUGGAAGAGACAGAGGAGGUUAGAACCCCAACCAAGAAAUUCUCUCCAACGUUAGAGAAACAAUGUCCAGUAGAUCUCGGAUCUGGGUCAGAAUUGGACGUUGAUACUGUCGAAGAUCGCAUCGCAAGAAUUUUACAAAGAGAAGAAAGCGAAUCCAGCUCGGACAAUGGCGCAACUCAGAAGCCAAAAGUCGUCAAACCGGUACGAACGACUUUACUGCACAAAAAAGUUUGCAGAACAGCGCCACCAAAUGAAAAACAACAACAGCAGACAACCGCAGAACUAAAGACUGGAACUUUAAAGCUUCUGAGUGCCAAUGGAGAUAGAAGUUCUCUGGAGUCUAAAUCAAGUCUUGAAUCAAAAGGAUCGCUAGGUUCAUUUGAAACGGAAAGCAGCUCUGGUUCUUUGGGGGCUGCUCAGCGGAAGGGCGAUCUCGGACAGAAAGAGGCCAUGUCGACGUGGAAACCUUUCCCCAUUGAAAGUUCAGGAAGUUCCAGCGUUGAAGAGAAUUGGCUCCCACCGGAUCAGGAAAGCUACGAAAGUUUCGAUAUAGCUACGGAAACCAUAGAACUACAACGAGUUGCUCCACCGGAUCAGAAGGAAUCUUCACCGGAUGAGCAGAAAGAAAGCGAUUCUGAUUUCCAGGAUGAGCUUAACGACUUCCCUACUACCUUCGGAUACCCGGAGAUGACUUCUUCUCUAGGCAUUGCUAUGAAUCCGGUAGAUAUUCUUAACUAUGGAACAGGAUUCACUAUCGGUCGUACGUUGUCUAGAAUAUCCGAAAGAAGUACAAAUUCAGAAAAGUCCAGCGCGGAAGACAACGAAGCGGAGAAAUCCAGCCUUGAAGACCUGAGUGUUCAUGACGAGUCGGCGAUAUCAAGCGAGCACCAAGCAAGUCUUAGUUCUGAUUUACAUUCGAACUCAAAUCCUGCGUACAUCUCUGAUGCCGAUCGUAGAACAUCCGCCGAAAUGCCAGAUAUUCCAUGCGAUUCGGCUGCAGCAGAAAGGUUGUCUGAGAUUUAUCAGAACAAUGUUGUAAAAAAUGGUCGCUUCACUGUUUCACAUGUAUCGGAUAGCGGUCCCAAAGAAGAGGUCAAACCUAACCUACAGUGCAUGUCUGCGGGUGGAAGUCAAGAUUCAGAAGACUGGCCCUUGCCAGAGAUUCCUUACGAUAGCACACCGAUAGAUAGGUACGAUCCCAACUUUAUUCCACCUUAUCCAGACAAACCUUAUCCGAGACAUCAGUGGGCAGGUUCAGCUGCGACCGGUCAAUCCCAAGAAUCAGACCACUGGCCUACUCCACCCUCGAGUAUGUUGGACACACCUAUUGUUGAGAAUGUACAGACCUUCCGCGUUAGUGAAGCGCAACACCCUACCCAGGUAAUGGUUGAUUCCUAUACCGAGCCUACCGGGGACGAUGACUCGGAUCCAGAUUAUGCCGAAGUUCCCGAUGAAGCUCCCGAGCCCCCUAAACGGGACUAUAGCCUUUCAAACGUUUCUACUGCAAAACAAUCUCCCUCGCAACCAAUGGUCGUGUCUUAUGAAAAUACGGCCUACCUUAUGUCAACAACGAAUGAACCUACGAUUUACGAAGGUUACGAGCCCAACACAUGUCUGAGUAGCGCCUUAGGACCAACAAGUUGUUUACGUACGACAUUUGACGCCUGCUCAAGUCAGAAAUCUUUCGCAAAUCAAGGAUUGGGCAAGGAGUCCAGCCCUGAUAAAGUCAUUAUUUCGCAACCAACGAAAUCACCACAGAACCUGAGCCCGAUUACCGACGAUGACUUCUUUUUCAACGACGAAGUAUUUGGUCCGGGGACGGUGAAGAUUGAAAUAUCACCAGACGAUAGUAAACCUCCAUCGGACUACACCGUGCAGCAAAAAUUCUCUCGUAGCUCGAACAAUUCGGACACUUCGAUCGAUGAUCUACUGUCUACUUCUUGUGGAACCUACAUGGAAGAAACGGUUCGACGUAACCUAGAACCUCGACGUCUCAGUAAUGAGUCAUGCAAAAAAUGUAGCCAUAGCAGUCAUUCUGAAGAAGAGACGAGUUCUUUUGGAACCGAUCUUGAUGGCACAGUUAAAAUGGGUUUACAACAGAAGCGAUGCACCCACAGUUCUCAUUCGGAGGAUACUUCAAUAGGUCUUAGCAUCUCUGAGUGGUCUACUGGUACCAAUACGGUAAGGCAGUACGCAAACCUAUCCGGAUCGGAUAGUCUGUCGGCGGUGUCGGACCAUUCUCGGAAUGCUAAAAGUGAGAAAUCCGGCCAUACCAAGAGUAGCGUAAGCUCAAUUCAUAAAUCUACGGAGAGUUUGGAUGAAAAAAGUGGAAGUCUUUCGAGUAGCAACAAUAAGCGAUUCUCACUGGAGAAUAUUUCGGAUGGACCAAAGUAUGAACCUUUCAGCAAUUCUACGGAUACCGAUAAAUUCUCGUCUGGAACGAAGAGCGAUGAUACGACGCUCACGUUGACGGAAAUGGCACAGACUAUCACGGAGUGGUCUACUAGCAGUAGCAACACAUUGAUAGCACAGGCCGAUGCCUUGAAACACAUCGAAACUCGGGGUGAUAAACCAAUGACAAGAACUACGUUCCAAUACGUACCACUCAAGCAACCGAAAGUGAUUAAGAAGCCUGUUUUGGAAGACAAGAAAAAUCUUCCAACGGUUCAUGCAAAGCCUAAAUUAAAAGCAGCAUCAGAAGUUCCGGCUCUACCUGCCGAAGUGAAACCACCUCCUCCGGAUAUAAUUCCAAAAACUGCAGAACGAUCCUUAAGAAUCCCACCCAAAAUUGUAGAUAUGAUCGAAAAAUCUCCCAAACGUACCGCCCCGCAACCGCCUCCCAUUCAGCAGCAACCAUUGCCGCAAUCAUCGAGACUACCUCUAGAAGAUCCGCAAUCCAACGCUGAACCCGAACCUGAACCUUCCACCAGCAAACGAAAAACAUUAGAGCUGAUGUCUCAGCGUUAUGUUAGUCAGGAUUUUUCAGAAUCUGAACCAUUCAGUGAAAAGCUGUAUAGUCAACAGGACAAGCAUACCGAACGAUACCAGAGUCAAGAAUUCACCACGUUCACUCCUCCGCAGAAACCGCCUCGAGGAGAUUCUCUUCCCAGUAGUGCUUCAGUACCGAUGGCGGAAAAGCCACUUGCCAAGCACCACAGCUACGACGACAAGACCCUGUCGAAGUCACAAAUCCGCGAGUACAAAUCCUCAAAAAUGCGACAUAGUCAAUCGUUCCAUGAACACUUGGUUUCUUCCGAUCUGAAUAAAAUCGUAGAGGAGAACAUGGGCAGUUCGUCGACUACGACUACACACAGCAGUGAGGCAACUGCGAGCACGGACAAUUCUUCCCCUAUGUUCCCUCGGCCGGAAAAGUUGAUCCGCUGUUCACCAUACUAUUCAAGCAGUCUAAGCUCGGAAUCUCCGCCGAUACAACCAAUGUCUCAAGCACCGGUGCAGAAACCGCCUCGUAGGACAUCACUGCCACGGACUAUGGCACCGAAAAGUCCUCCUAGUGGUAACGAUACAGAUAGUUCGUUGGAUCUAAGGCAGCAGGAUCCCAAACUUCGUUCGAGAGGAUAUCGAAAGAAAAGAACUGUUCCCCUAAAAAAGACUCGCCUGGAUAGUAGACCUUUGGAGCACCAAGAAAGCUCCGAGUGUUCUGAAGGUUAUUUCCCCGAAAUGGAAUCAUGCAGCUCAGAUGUAAUCGAGCAGCAGUAUCAUCGUUACCCGGACUUUGAGGAGGAGCUAGAGCAAUUGCCUGAAGAUUAUGAAGAUGAAACUUACCGUGUGGAUGAUGAGCGGGAUAGUAAGAACGGUGGUGGGGUGUAUCCGAGUGCGUCAUAUUCCAACAAAUUCGAAGGCUUGGAUAUGACAGAGAAUGUGGAUGAAAUGGGAUUUCCUCGGUAUGACCGAUUGGGGCAUAUUACAAACCCGAAUUUGUACAAAUCUGACACUCCUUCGCCCCCGGUGAAGCCACAAAGGCAACGCAAGCGACAAGUUAAGCGUGACGAAGCGGAUACAGAAUACGCCGGGGUACAGUACACUCCGGAAAGUGGCAGUUGUUCGGAGACGAAAGCUGGCCUGUCUGAUGAUGUGUGCUACUCAAGUGAGGAUAGCUUUGCAGCUGCGUAUCAACAUGCCUUGAUGGGAGGUGCUCGAUAUCAGAAAAAUGUCGAGAUACCGUACCCGGAUUUCUUGUCCGAUUACGAAAACGAAUCUUCAUCGGCAGGUUCGUACGCCCGCCGUAUGGAACACGAUCGACGACGAUACGUCGAGAUGGAACACGGUAGUGCCGGUGGACCGAGCUACGCAGCUACGGAAAAGAAUACCGAAUCAUUGGGAUUCGAUCUCAAAGCACUACCCCCUCCGAUGUUUGUCGAAGAACUAGAGGAGGGAGAGGAGGAGGAAGAUGAAAUCGAAAUCGAGGACAAUGCCAUUUAAGCGCAUGUGUAAGCGAAGACUGAGUAACGAUAAAACGAUUUAAAAAUGAAAAGGAACGAUCAGAUGUCGCUGCAGGUCAUAACGGUAUGUGAGGGGAGCCUAGGUUGAAAGCGUAGCGACAUCUAUUAGUGAGAUUUUAUACUAACCGUCAUCGAGUGUUGCUGUCUAUAUUACGAAGGUCGUUUUAAAUAAUAAAAUGCUACAGAUAUAUGUACGUCGUUAGAUAAUGGGUUGAAGAUUUUAAAUAUUCAAUUAUGGAAGGCAGUUAUCGAUGGAAGAUAUAUACACACAGAUAUUCUAGCUGUUACUUCAGUCUAAUAAAACUUUAAGAACAUUAUACAUAAACUAAGUCUCAAAUAAGAGCCAUUUAUUGUAACUAGUAAAUCAUAAAAUACGUUAGAUAUAAAAUACUUCAAGUACCAUGUAGCUCAUUCUAUACCUGUUCGGUUGUAAUGAUUUAGAAGAUUCAUAGCCAGAAAUUGGUGCAUACAUUUGAAUUCCAUGAAUGAUUCGAUGAAUAACUUUGUUAUUUUUAUGUUUGCAGUCGAAGCGUUUCAGAAUUUCAUGAAUAUUUUGACACAGUUAAGUUCCAACACAAUUAAUAAGGCAAUAAAUAUCAAUGUCUGUAUAUUCAAUUUUCUCAAAUAUAAAUUGGAAUCGCGAUACAAAAUUGCUUGGAAGCACGUACAGAACAAAUUUGUGAUUUUGAAAUUCUCAGACAAAAAACGAUUUUUUCUUGAAACUUUUCCAACCUAUCUUGUAAAACAAUUACAGAUAAUAACCCUCAAACACAAUCACCAUGAUGAUUUCGUUUGUUGUGUAUCGUAAUCCGUUUAAAAAAAUAUUGCAACGAGAAACAUUGUUUUAAUACCAAAUAUCUCAAAAAAUUAGAAAACCUUCGGCUUAUUUUGUUCUGAAAUUUGUGAUAUAGAUAUUUUUGACUAACUAUUUGGCUCUAUGCUUCGAUUUAAAGCACAAAAAUACCACCGCGUUAGUGUAAGUUUGGUAACAUUUAGCUUUAAGUUUCCCGCCAAAGUUAGUAGAAUGACGGUUUUAUAACAGAUUGCGUUUUGAUUGAUUGAGUGUAGCUAUCGAUGCGAGAUAUUAAAUUUGUACGUAUUUCCUUGUUUACAUUUUGUACUUUCGAGCUGAGUAAACUGUGCAUUAUCUACGAAUAUUCUUAUUAGUGAACAGUUUAGUAUAGGUCAAAUAUUCCAAUAAAGCAUGCAGAACAGUUGUUAUAUUCUCACUCAAAACACAUAGAAAACAAAAUAAGAAUACAUUUAAAGAUAGAUUUUAGAUACUUUAUCUAAAGAAGAAUCACGCAUUCGAACCAAAUGGUUACAAUUAAGAAUGGUAUCGAAACGAGUAUUGAAGGCAAAGGUGAGGAUGUCUCAAACGUCUAUAGUUGUGAUUGUUGUUAAGUGAGCAAACAAAUAUUUGUAAUUCAGAUGAUCCUAAACCUUCUAAUCCUGUAUUCGCGUAGGAUGAAAAUGUAAAAGUAUCGUACUAUUUAUUACAGAAUUGUCCCAAAAAGGUGAUAAGCUUGUGUCAAAGCGUAGUCAAAUGCCAAACUAAAUCAAAUCAAAUCAACACGAUAACAUUUUUUGUUGCCAUUGAAAUUUCGUGAUGGUCUAACCACUUCUUCCGGUGUACCUUUGUACCUAAAACAUGUAUGGUCAAUCUUGAAUGUGUUUUCUACAGUUGAAUUUGUUCGAAUUUAUUGACAGCAAUUUUAUCGGAAGUAGAGUAUUUUGAUUAAUAAGUACCAUCGUAAGAUAAAAGUUUACAAUUCUUAUUGAGGAAGCAAAAAAAUGAUAACAUAUGAUGUUUUAUAACGAAUUUUUGUCUUUUGAGAUAAUUUAUGCGAGUGAUAUCGAGAAGUAAUAAGUACAUUACAAUUAGCCACCUUUAUAAAUAAAAGUACUUAAUAGUUAUGUGAUCAAAUUCCAAUAAACGAAAACGAGUAACUAAUUUCAUUCACGGCAAAAUGAACAGCAUGAUUAGAAUUAGGAGCUGUUUUAGUUGGUUGGAAUAAGGUCGCAUCACGCUAUAUAGUUUAUUAUAGUAAUGUUGUUUAUUGGAUACAGAUGGUUCGAUUUAAAUAUAUUGAUAAAAAUUUAAAACAAAUAAGAAUGGAAGCGAAAAAUAUUCUAUAGCGAAGAGUAGCCGAAUAGCCAGUGAACAAUGCUGAUAGCGAUCCCGCAAAGUUAGAAGUAUACAGGCUUACGGAGAAGAGAACAUCUAAAUAUGCCAAACCAGCGAACAAUUAUAUCACCGAUUCAUCUCUUUCUAUAACCUUUUAAAUUCAACUCAAUGCCAAAUACAGACGAAAACGAGAACAAUUACUAAUAAGUAGCGGUAGGUCUAAUGAAAGAGAAUCUUAAUACUACGAGUCCCAAACCGUCUGUUGAACCGAAUGAAUCCUAUACACGCAAGUUGCCAAAAUUGAAAGAAAUAUGAGAAGUCAGAGGCCAAAAUAAUUGGAACGGAGCAGCAUCAGCAAACCCUAUUCAUUAGCCAUUUACCCUACACACGUGGUGUAAUGAGUAAUGAAAACUUAACAAAACAAAUAUUGGUAAUAAAUAGCAAGUUUGGACACUUUAAAGUAUUUCGGAAAAAUUUA